GUGACAGGCAGGACUAUAAUCUAUGCAGGUUGGGUGCACCAGGAGGCAUGCCAGCUAUGGGCACUGGGUUCCUGCCAACUUCAAUGACAGUCAAAUAUAGCAGAUACAGGACCUCAGACUGAGUGACUAACGGACGUUGGGUCACGUUCACGCGGCUGCAUUUGUGUCUCCUGAAUUAAAGACCCCACCCAGCCAAGCGCAGACUGGUGGCCAUGUCGUCACAUCUGGGGAACGGCCCGCAGAACGGAGGUCCCACCGGGCCAGCCGGACAGACCAGGGCCAAGGUGCUGACGAUCGACUCCAUGAACCCGCUGGUGAAAAAGGUGGAGUACGCCGUCCGCGGGCCCAUCGUUGCCAGGGCAACGGAGCUUGAGAAGGAACUGGAAAAGGGAGUUCCCAAACCCUUCAAGCAGGUCAUCAAAGCCAACAUCGGAGAUGCUCAUGCCAUGGGGCAGAAACCUAUCACCUUCCUCAGACAGGUCAUCAGCCUGUGUGUGAACCCUGACCUGUUGGACAACGAGAGUUUCCCCGCAGACGCCAGGGAGCGCGCUCGGAGGAUCCUACAGGGGUGCAAGGGAGGAAGUUUAGGUUCCUACAGUGACAGCGUGGGUGUGGAGGUGAUUAGGAAGGACAUAGCUGCGUACAUUGAGAGAAGGGACGGUUUCCCGUCCGACCCGGAUAACAUUUUCCUGUCCACGGGAGCCAGCGAUGCGAUCAAGAACAUGGUGAAGUUGCUGGUGCGAGGCGAAGGGCGGGACCAGACCGGAGUGAUGAUCCCCAUCCCGCAGUACCCGCUCUACUCUGCAGUCGUCGCAGAGCUGAAUGCAGUACAGGUGAACUACUACCUGGACGAGGAUAAUAACUGGGCCCUGGACAUCGCCGAGUUGGAACGUUCCGUGAAGGAGGCUCGGGAACACUGCACACCCCGGGUUCUGUGUGUCAUCAACCCUGGCAACCCCACAGGCCAGGUGCUGAGUAAGGAGAAUGUCCAGGAAAUCAUCAAGUUUGCAGCCAGGGAGCACCUCUUCCUCAUGGCUGAUGAGGUGUACCAAGACAACAUCUACGCAGACGGCUGUGCGUUCCACUCCUUUAAGAAGACGCUGAUGGAGCUGGGGCCAGACUACGCCGGGCUGGAGCUCGCCUCCUUCCACUCCACAUCCAAGGGCUACAUGGGAGAGUGUGGUUUCCGCGGAGGCUACAUGGAGGUGAUAAACAUGGACCCGCAGGUCAAGCUGCAGCUGAAGAAGCUGGUGUCCACCAAGCUGUGCCCACCUGUGUCUGGACAGGCGACCAUGGACUGUGUGGUUAACCCUCCACAACCCGGGGAGCCUUCCUACGAGUCAUUCAUCAAGGAGAAGACCGCCGUGCUAACGUCGCUGGCAGAACGAGCCAAGCUGGUGGCCGAGACGUUUAACUCGAUCGAGGGGGUGACGUGUAACACGGUGCAGGGCGCCAUGUACGCCUUUCCCAGGAUACACCUGCCACAAAGGGCCGUCGACAAGGCCAAGUCCCUGGGGCAGUCGCCAGACGGCUUCUACGCUCUGCAGCUCCUGGAGCAGGCUGGGAUAUGUGUGGUGCCAGGCAGCGGCUUCGGCCAGAGGGACGGCACAUACCACUUCAGGACCACCAUCCUCCCCCAGCCGGACAAGCUGAAAAUCUUCAUGGAUGCCUUCACAGCCUUCCACAACAAGUUCCUGAAGGAGUAUGCCGACUAACCCCCUUCACAGCCUCCCACAAGUUCAUCCAGGACCAUGCUAACCCCUUUCACAGCCUCCCACAUGUCCACGCCAACUAACAACACAGUAUCUGCACUUAUUGAACCACAAAAUCUACGCUGAGAAAUACUCGGAUAAAGAACCUCAGGGCUUUCCGCUGAGAACGAUGAACUCAUGACAAAGCUUCUUUUUAAAUAAUUAUAGACCAUACAGAUGAAGGGAUCAGGCCAUAGAUAGAACUGUGGAGUAUUAUAUUAAAUCAUUAUGAACUGAUGGUGAGUGUGGUGUUGAGGGUGACCAUGAAGCUCAACUUGACAAGAGGUCAAGAUGAAGUGUGUGUUGGUUUUACAUGAAAAUGUAAAAUUAAUGCAAAGUGUAAAAAAGGCUCAAAUUGUGUAGGUUUGGCAAAGCAAGUUUUUGAGAAGUUUCUGUUUUAAAUUUAGCACUAUUGUGAUGAUUGUACAGAAUGCUUCUUGUGAUCUCAUAUUGCUCAGUCUGACUGACAGUGUAUGAACAAUUAUUCUGUCUGGACCUAAAUUUACAAUCUGUACAGCAGGCACAUUUGUACACGUGGGUAAAGCACAUUCUGCUUGCAAGGUUAUCAGUCUGUAGGUAGGUAAAACUUAGCCUGUCUAGCAGUACAUGUGUACAUUUACAUGGACACAAUAUACAUUGUGUAUGCAUACUGUGUACUUAUACUGUGUACAUAUACUGUGUACGUAUACUGUGUACUACGUAUAUACUGUACAUUGUGUACGUGUACUGAAAACCUGUGAUUUUUACCAGUCUUUCCAGAUGAGGGCUCUCCAUCUUUUACCUACCAGAUUUGCAAAAACAAUGUGACUUUUAAGCCAAAUAUCAAUGAUGUCAGUAACUAGCAAAGUUUGUGUUGCUAUCAUGGUGACUUGUCUAAAUGCACAUCAGCCAGCAGCCUUGUUUCUUCCUGUUGCACAUUUAUAAAAAAAACUCCCAUAUCAAUGGCUUCUACUUUUGUAAAUUUGUGAAUCUGUAGCAGCAGUGUAGAAGACACAUUUGUCUAAAAUCAGUAGAGCAGCAGAAAAGGAAAUAGUUGCUCUGUGCUGUAUGGGCACAGGAAGUAGCAGAAAUUGUACAGGUGUAAGGAUGUCAAUGUAAGGAAAUUUCUGUCAGUUCUAAAUAACUGCAAGUGUGAACGUCAUGUACACAAUUAUAGCAAAUGGUAAUAGAUAAACCAGCUCAGUAUCAAAGCGGUUGAAGUACAGCGCAAUAGGCUCCGCCCCAGAGGAGUUGCCAAAAUCCAUAUCAGUGUAACUGCAUGUUUUAGUCUCUGCACUGUCUGGUGUGGACUAUUCCAUCCUAACAGCAAGAGGGGUGGUUAGGAAUAAGUUUCUCCCUUCAUUUAAGUUAGUAUGAGCUCCCAAUGGAGUAAAACGGUAAAAGUACAGAAAUCAUUUUUAGCCAUUUCAUAGUUGAAAGUUAUACCCUUUGCCUCCUCCUGUGAGUUGGAAUGGAAUAGUCCUGUGUAACUAUGCAGGUAUGAAGUAUUACGUUGUGAUUUUCUGGUGGCAAAAUUUUUACGCGCUUGCGAGAAACGGGUGAUCAAUAAAGACCAAAUGAAGAAAGGGA